GGGCAGGUAUCUGGGUAGAGGGGGAGGAGUGUGGUCGGUGAGUUAGAUGUUAUAGAAGAUGCCACCUCAGGAGGAGACAGGACCAGCACAGUCGACAGGCUGGAAUCUCGCAUCCUGCCCAAGGAACGCUGAUCUUCUGGUAACAACUUUGGGACUAAUGCACCACAAACACCAACCAUCAUCUCUGGGCAGACUACCGGCCAUGCAGAGACGGCAGAAGGUCCCAGGAUGGUGGUCCUACAGCUACUGAACCUUAUGGCCCCUUUUUACUUCCUCUGCCUCCUUGCAGUCACUUUCUGCCUCCAGCUGUUCUUCUUCCUCCCCGGCAUGUGUGACGACCACUCGCUGCCUCUCUCUGGCCUUCUGCACAGUUCUCUGUUCUUCUUCUUUCUGGUCAAUGUCAUAGGGAAUUACUUCCUGGUCAUCUGGAACAGUCCUGCCGCCAACGUGGUGGGUGCCAGUGCUGCGAUGACUGAUAAACCAUUUUGCCAGAUAUGUGUCCGAGUGUUGUGGGACCAAGAGCACCACUGCUUCUUCACUGGGACCUGCAUCAGCCGGAGCAAUCUGCGCAGCUUUGUCUUGUUCUGCCUACAUGCCUCCUGCAGUUGUUUCCACGCAUUGGUGUCAGGAGUGGGAUACAUUUCAAAGAGUUUCUCCUUCUCUUUCGCCGAUCCUUUGACUUUCCUCCGGUUGCUGCCUCUCUCUGUCACACGCUUCUUCUCAGGUUCUCUUCUCAGCUCAGAGAUGUUGGCCGUCCUGAUGCUUUACCUCUGGUUAGGGGUGGGUUUGGCCUGUGCUGCCUUCUGCUGCCACCAGCUGCUACUGAUAUCCAGGGGACCAGGCUUCCACAAGAAGCCCACCGAGGAGACCAGCACCAUCAACUGGACGGAGAACUUGACGAGUGUCUUCGGGAGACGGUGGCUGCUGGCAAUUUUGGUGCCCAAGGCUAAGAAAAAUUGAUGACAGGGACAGGACACUUACCGUGUUGAACUUUCACUAUAGACUAUGCUCAGAUAUAUAGAGCGUGCAUUACCCUAUUGCUUUGUAGAGACACAGUGGAGACUUGUCACUGUUAGAGUGACCUCACUUUGUAAUAUGUUGUGUGAGGUAUCCUCGCUGCUAGAUCCCCUCAGUGCCUGCACAUAUAACCAGACCUACUCACAGCGCUGUAUUUAUAGCAAACUACCACUAUAUAAUAAUCUCUAUAUGAUAUAAUAUAAAUAGCUAGACCUCACAGCUCUAUAACCACAGCUGGAUCCCUACAUGAUCUUUUCUCACUGGUUAGAAUGGUAUUACUAGUAGCUUUUUUUUUUUAUGAGGCGCCACAAACGUCCGCAGUGCCAUAUAAUGAAAACAAGACUCUUAAAAAAGGCGCCACAACCGUCCGCAGUGCCGUAUAGAGCAAACUAGACUGGGUAAAGGCGCCACAACCAUCCGCAGUGCCGUAUAGAGAAAACAAGACUGGGUAAAGGUGCCACAACCAUCCGCAGUGCAGUAUAGAGCAAACAAGACUGGGUAAAGGCGCCACAACCGUCUGCAGUGCAGUAUAGAGCAAACAAGACUGGGUAAAGGCGCCACAACCAUCCGCAGUGCAGUAUAGAGCAAACAAGACUGGGCAAAGGCGCCACAACCGUCCGCAGUGCCGUAUAGUGGACCCAGGGGAAGGGUGAAACAAGAAUGGACAUACGCAAGCUUACAUCUUAUAAGGAAAGGGACCUCACAUGAACACCAUACCAUGUUAUAGACCUCCCGGUAGCCAUGCAUAAGUCCGUGACACGCCUCAUCAGCAACCAAUACCUGCAGCUAGAACUCCCCACAGCUCUGUACAUUUUUUUUUAGAUCUUCUCAAUAGUCUACACCAAUUUCAAGAGUUCCUUGCAGCUCUGGGCCUGAUUCCGAUUUGUAUGGAACUGCACAGCUGCAGGGUAGCGGCUGUGCAAGUCUGUACAAAUAAAAUAAAAAUGCAGCAGGAGGCGUCUGUGGGCUAUAGACACCUCCUGCACGAAUCUGCGAUCUGAGUGCCACGCCUGAGGAUGCAGCAUGGUAUCACCAACGUGACCAUCAGUCGUGACUUACGAUGGCAGCAGACCGUGGUCAGUCUGCGUAAGCCGGGGCUUACUGAGACUGCCUAGUAUAUCUACACAUCUCUGCUACUAAGGCUACAUAUCCUUCAGUGCCUAUAUGACUUUCUAGACCCCAUUAAGUUCCCUGUAUCAGUCCCGAGACCUCUACACACAUCUGUAUGGAUAGCUAGGCCAUCAAUUAUACCAGUAGCUAUAUGCCUUAAUUCCCUAUAUCAGUACCUAGAACUAUACACAUCUCUAUAAAGGCAGUCCUCCUUUUUAGGGACAAAUACAAGCACCCAAGCCACUGAGUUCUACUUACGCAUAGGUCUUCACAAUAAGCUAUACAAGGAACCAGUUCUCCUGAACACCCACAUGUGAUCAUGGAAGCUGAGUGAGGUCCUUACAAUAUGUCAGUGCAGCAGAUUACUGCCGGAUAUGUGCUCUAUAUGAUCAGUAGUAGCUGGGCUCACAGCUUGUUACUCCUAUGCAUUCUAUAACACCAAUAACUAGUGAUUAGUGCUGCGUUAUUAGUAGCUGGAUCUUCUAUAGGCACCACGCUGUUAUAUAAAGCCUCUUGCAUACUCUCGUUUUUAGCAACGUUACCCGUUGAGUACAUCUUGCCAUAUACCCCAAUACACCAACCAUAUGAUUGCUAGAUGUCCUCUGUGAUAUAUACCAGUCUGGAUUUACCAGAUCCUCACACAGUGACACGUCAUCCCCUUUAGGCGGUAUAACAUUGUGCUAAUAAGUUGCUGUGCUCUGACUGACAAAUCACUGCUCUGUUCUGACAACAAGGAGGACCACGUUAUAGGGUGAAAUUCAUGGACUUUUUUUUGUUAACACUACCAUAUACAGAUGCGCCCACACACACCUUUCCCCAAUUUAGCCGUAUGGCUAAAUUAGGCGUGCCAUCUAAUCUGUAACAUAGCCACACCUUGCGAUUUUUCUUACAAUAUGCUACUUUAUAUGAAUUCUUUUGAAGAAAAAAAAAAAUUGGGAAUCCAUCCAAUCUCUACUCGCGGUGAAGCAUCUUAGCCAUGCCAAUCAUUCCGUGCCAAAAGAAGCAAAAAGGGAAAUGGUGUAUAAGGACAUAUCUGUAUGACCAUUUGUUUAACAGGCUAACUGGGUCUGCGCCCUCCCCAGUCCCACCAACCGGGUCUCCACCCUCCCCAGUCCCAACAAUCACGUCCCCACCCUCCCCAGUCCCAACAACCAGAUCUCCACCCUCCCCAGUCCCCAAAACCAGGUCUCCACCCUCCCCAGUCCCAACAACCAGGUCUCCACCCUCCCCAGUCCCACCAACCGGGUCUCCACCCUCCCCAGUCCCAACAAUCAGGUCCCCACCCUCCCCAGUCCCAACAACCAGAUCUCCACCCUCCCCAGUCCCCAAAACCAGGUCUCCACCCUCCCCAGUCCCAACAAUCAGGUCUCCACACUCCCCAGUCCCAAUAACCAGGUCUCCACCCUCCCCAGGCCGAACAACCAGGUCUCCACCCUCCCCAGUCCCAACAACUGGGUCUCCAUCCUCCCCAGUCCCAACAACAGGGUCUCCACACUCCCCAGUCCCAAUAACCAGGUCUCCACCCUCCCCAGGCCGAACAACCAGGUCUGUGCCCUCCCCAGUUCCAACAACCAGGUGUCCACCCUCCCCAGUCCCAACAACCAGGCCUCCAUCCUCCCCAGUCCCAACAACCGGGCCUGUGCCCUCCCCAGUCCCAACAUCCAGGUACCAGCCCCCUGUCAUGAUAACUGGGUCUAUGAACUACCCAGUAAGGACAACCAGGUCAGCUCACUGCAUACGCAUGACAGACAAGCUUCUGCACUCCCCAUGACAACCAUGCUCUCUUUGCACCUCCCACACCCUUACCUAGCCAGAGGUUCUGCCAACUGGCUCCUACUCCCCAAUACUGGUGGUCCCACAAAUCAGCACCUCCCCCCCCCCCCCCCCCCACACACACAGACACACAAGUCAUGAUGUUUUACUGUGACUUACAGUAAACCCUUGGAAGCACUAGUUAAUAGAAAACACCACUCUGUAUUACCCAGUCACUCAUUGCACUAUAUUGUUAAUUCAGAUUGUCUUACUGUUCUACCUAAACGAUCACGCUUCCUAUACAUUAAUAGAUCUACUUGAUAGUUUCAGGAGAUUAGUAUCAAAUGUGGACAAAUAUCUAUUCAGAAGUUAGCAAAUUAUGAAAUACAACCUGUUGUCUCUCAGUCACACGCACGCACACAACCACACGCUACAAAUCACUGAUAUUCACAGAUUGCAAGCGACAAACAAUGAUCAGGUUUUAUUUUUGUAUUCAAAUGUAUUGGUUUGAAAAAUGCAAUAAAGAACACAUGGUGUGUAGUA